UUUCUUUCAUGUUUCUCUGUUUCACUGCUUUUGGCGACAAUUGGCGGGAACCAACUGUGGAUUCCUAUACCCUUUGAUUCCAUUCACAAGGUUGGCCUCUAAAGAUUCAUUCUUGGAAUCUUCUAAGAAAAGGGUGCGUUUCGUUUCAAUGGCUACCUAUCCUCCUCCUUCCUCCUCCUUCUCGCACUUCAGUGCUUGGAACCAUGUUGUUCCAUCACCAUCUUCCUCAUGCAGCUAUGGCGGGAAUUCCAUGGCUCCGACCGCUUCUGCUUCGGCCAUAGAGCAGACUCCGAGGCACAUUCCUGGUGUAGCAGUUGAAUGGAACCUUGAAGAACAAGCUAUUCUUGAAGAUGGACUUGCUAGGUAUGCUGGUGUUGGUUCUAACGUAACAGUCUAUGCGACCAUAGCACAACAGCUGCAAGAUAAGACAGUUAGGGAUGUAGCGCUUCGAGUUCGGUGGAUGAAGGAAGUAAGCUAUAAAGAAGAAAACAUUCAAAAUAGCAAGAAGAGGAAGGAUGAUCUUAAGUUAACCAAGAAAAGUAGAAAUAGAAAGGAGAAAGUUUCAGGCCGUGCAGUGCCUUCUUCUCGCCUUGUUGCUCAAUCCGAUGUUGCCUCAUCAGUGCCACGAAUGGCUACGAUGAAAAGUACUGAUUGUACUUCUUACAAAGCAAUUGGAGGUCUAAUAGGUACACUCAUGGAGCAAAAUGCACAGGCCUUCAACCAAAUCUCAAAAAAUCUUGCUUCUCGUAUGCAUGGGAAGAAUAUUGAGAUUUUCCACCAAGUGAGAGAGAACUUCAAUAAAAUUAUGAAAGAUUUGAAUGAAACACCAGACCCAAUGAGCCUAAUGCCACCCCUUCCUAAGUUGCUUGCGUUAGAUGAGAUGGAAAAGUUAUCCAACCCCAAACCGCCAUAUACCCCUAUGUUUCAAGAAACGGAUUUCAUUUUGUUAUAGUGUUACUGUAAUUUCGAGAAUAAGGUGUAUGGGGAUAGUUAUCUUAUGAUGAGUUGCCAUGCACUUUAGUAGAGUUAAAUCAUUAAAAGAUUAAAAUACAACUGUCUCCAUGGAGUAUUGAACUUUGCUCAUUUAUCAAACUAGUUCUGCUAAUUUAGGGAUGACAGAAAUUUGGUCUAAUUCUUGGUUAGACAUUGUCAGUAAGACAGAAAGUGAAUUAAACCGAUUCGUGAGUCAACUCGAACUUAGAUUCCUUAAUAGCUCAAUAAAUUGAGCUCAUGAGUUUGUGACCUUAACUUUAGUCGGAAUUUGAGCUAGCAUAUUAAAUGAGUGGAGUUUUAACUUAGGUAAAUUCAGCUUAUUGUCGGGGAGCUGAUUCACUUAU